CGGCAGGCAGAGCGAGUUCUGCUCGAAGCGAAGCUGCCGGUACCUGUCAGCGCGUCAAAAGCGGUGCUGGGCCGAUGGUCGCUUCCAAACCUGUGCUGUCUGUUAGUGCCCCUUAAAAGCAGCUCGAGUUGCAUUGUUAUGCCAAGAUGCUUCUAGCACUCCAGUAUUCCAAGCUCUCCUUGGAGCACGCCUGCCUAGCCAAAUCUGCAAAAUGGCCCCAGCUUCGACGAGCAUUUAGCAGGAGUUCUGUGCGUCGGACCGACAGCUCAUGUGCAGGCGAGGCUCCUAAGGGAAUCCCGUACUCAAAGCUUUCUGUUGGAGUGCCCAAGGAACUCUACCAGAACGAAAACCGCAUCGCAUUGACCCCUUCCGCGGCUGCUGUGCUAGUCAAAAAGGGUUUUACCGUCAACAUUGAAGAGCAGGCUGGUGUAGCGGCCAAGUUCAAGAAUGAAGCCUACGAAGCAAGUGGAGCACGCGUCACAGAUUGCAAGACUACGUUUCAGUCAGACAUUGUGCUCAAAGUGCGUCCUCCGAUUGAUCUUGACAAGGGGAAUCUACGAGACAGCAGCACACUAAUCAGCUUCCUGUACCCAGCACAAAACAAGCCACUUGUAGAUGAGCUCGCCAAAAAGCAGAUGACAGUCUUCGCAAUGGACGCCAUACCCCGCAUAAGCAGGGCUCAGGUGUUUGACGCAUUGUCAUCCAUGGCCAACAUUGCAGGCUACAAGGCAGUGAUUGAAGCAGCCAACCACUUUGGCCGUUUUUUCGCUGGCCAAAUAACUGCUGCUGGCAAAGUGCCUCCUGCCAAGGUUCUUGUCAUCGGUGGUGGAGUAGCUGGCUUGGCUGCUGUCGGCUGCUGCAAAAACAUGGGUGCCAUUGUGAGGGCCUUCGACACCCGUGAGGCUGUGAGGGAACAAGUGGAGUCUUUUGGGGCUGAAUUCCUCACCAUCAACUUGCAGGAGUCUGGCGAAGGUGUUGGAGGGUAUGCAAAGGAGAUGUCCAAGGAGUUCAUUGAAGCUGAGAUGGCAUUGUUUGCAGAACAGUGUAAGGAUGUCGAUAUCAUCAUCACCACGGCCCUUAUACCAGGGAAGAAGGCACCUCUCCUCAUCACCAGGGAAAUGGUGGAAACCAUGAAACCUGGAUCAGUCAUUGUGGACUUGGCGGCAGAGAGUGGUGGCAAUGUUGAGACCACCAGGCCUGGAGAACUGCACGUGCACAAGGGUGUCAUUCACAUUGGCUACACAGACCUGCCAAGUCGCAUGCCAACACAGUCCUCAACAUUGUACGCCAACAACAUCUCCAAGUUUCUCCUGUCAAUUGGCUCCAAGGACCACUUCUACAUUGACCUGAACGACGAGGUCGUUCGUGGUUCUAUAGUGCUUCAGGAAGGAACACUUCUCUGGCCACCGCCCCCGCCUAAAGUUUCGGCUGUACCCCCGCCACCCCCAAAACCUGUCGUAACUGCAGCCAAGCCAUCUGGUAUUGCCCAGAAAGAGGCCGAAGUUCCCGACUACUUUAAGGAAACGCUCAAGAAGUCCCUUGUCUACACAGCAGGCCUUGGCACUGUUGUGGGCCUUGGGGUUAUCUCCCCAAAUCCGGCCUUCACGACUAUGACCACAAUAUUUGGCUUGUCAGGAAUCGUUGGCUACCACACAGUAUGGGGUGUUACGCCCGCUCUUCACUCGCCACUGAUGUCCGUGACCAACGCAGUCUCUGGUAUCACAGCAGUGGGUGGUCUGCUGCUUAUGGGUGGCGGUGUCAUGCCGGGGACAGUGCCGCAGGCGUUGGCUGCCGGUGCAGCCUUCAUCUCGACCAUCAACAUAUUUGGUGGUUUCCUUGUCACUCAGCGCAUGCUGGACAUGUUCCGUCGGCCGACUGACCCCAAGGAGCACAACUAUCUCUAUGGCAUACCUGCGUUGGCAUUCCUGGGUGCAUACGGUACGGCUGUAUCCCAGGGCUGCACGGACUUGGAGCAGAUGAUGUACUUGGGCUCGUCUCUCUGCUGUGUCGGUGCCCUAGCAGGCUUGUCCUCACAGAAGACGAGCCGUCUAGGAAACGCUCUGGGCAUGGUGGGUGUGUCGGGAGGAAUAGCGGCCACUCUUGGUGCCAUGGACCUCACACCAGAGCUGACCGCUCAGGUGGUGGCCUGCAUGGGUGCAGGUGCUGGUAUUGGCCUGCUGGUGGCCAAGAAGAUUGAGAUCACUGACCUUCCACAGCUAGUGGCAGCCUUCCACAGCUUAGUGGGUCUGGCAGCUGUGCUCACCUGCCUUGCCACAUACAUGGUGGACUACCCUACCUUUGCAACUGAUGAAGCGGCAAAUGUGAUCAAGACGGCUCUCUUUCUGGGCACCUACAUCGGUGGUGUCACCUUCAGCGGUUCUCUUGUUGCCUAUGGAAAGCUUCAGGGGCUUCUGAACUCGGCUCCCCUUCUGCUUCCUGGCCGUCACGUGCUCAACAGUGGUCUCCUGGCAGCCAACAUUGGUGCCAUGGCCUACUACUUCAUGGACGACAGUCUCACUGCUGGCCUCGGCUGCCUUGGAACCACUGCGGCUCUUUCCACGCUUAUGGGAUUCACGCUCACUUCAGCCAUUGGAGGUGCUGACAUGCCUGUGGUGAUCACUGUGCUAAACAGUUACUCUGGCUGGGCGCUCUGCGCCGAAGGCUUUAUGCUCAACAACAAUCUCAUGACCAUUGUGGGUGCCCUCAUUGGUUCGUCUGGUGCCAUCCUCUCCUACAUUAUGUGCAAGGCUAUGAACCGAUCACUUCCAAAUGUCAUUCUCGGCGGCUAUGGCACCUCAAGCACUGGUGGAGGCAAGCCGAUGGCCAUUACAGGCACUCACACCGAGUGCAAUGUCGAUGAGGCUGUAGCUAUGAUCCGUGAUGCCAAGGACAUCAUCAUCACGCCAGGAUAUGGCCUCUGUGUUGCCAAGGCCCAGUACCCACUGGCCGAGAUGGUAAAGACUCUGCAGGCAGCUGGCAAGAAUGUGCGCUUUGGCAUUCACCCUGUUGCUGGCCGCAUGCCAGGUCAAUUGAAUGUCCUUCUAGCCGAAGCUGGUGUGCCCUAUGAUAUUGUCUUGGAAAUGGACGAGAUCAACGAAGACUUUCCCAAGACAGACCUUGUCCUGGUCAUCGGUGCUAAUGACACCGUCAAUUCUGCAGCUGAGGAGGACCCGAACUCUAUAAUCGCUGGAAUGCCAGUUUUGAGAGUCUGGAACUCUAAGAAGGUGAUUGUUAUGAAGAGGAGUCUAGGUGUGGGCUACGCAGCCGUCGACAACCCAAUCUUCUACAAGGAGAACACAAACAUGCUUCUUGGAGAUGCAAAGAAGACAUGCGAUGCUCUGCUCCAGAAAGUUCAAGCAACUUUCCAAUCUUGAUCUGAACUUAAGGCUAUGCCUGUGAAUGGCAAAUUUUCAUAAGUGAUUUGUUUAUUUUGCUUUUGUAAGAACCCAGCAGUAUGCAGUUCGAAUUAGAUUGUGCCAUUGCAAUAUCAGCAGGACGUAUUGGAAAGAGACACGAAAGAAAAGAAAAUAGAAUUAAGGUAGAUGUACCUGAUCACUGCAUUUUUUUUUUCGAGCUGCAUAUGACAUUGUCUUUUUUACAGAUGUUUUUGUACUUUAUAGGAUUUUUAUAAGGAACAUUGUUUUGCUUAGAAAAGUGCGGAAGUCAUGAAAUGAGCUUGGAGUUAUUGUGAUGCCAUCAAUGCUUCACAAGGCUGGUCAGCGAAUCAUUCAAAUCUAUUUUUCACUGAUGUCGGAUCUGCUCGCUGUUUGAGUUGUGAGCUUCGACAUAUUUACAAUAAACGAAGUGACGGAAUAA